AACUUUCAUUUUAGAUUAGAAGCUGCAGAGGAGUGCGUACUUUAUUUCCUGAUAUUGAAAAGGUCUUUUCACAGCCAUGAAACUGCUUUUGGUUGCUGCACUGGUUGCCCUGAUUAAUGGCAGUUAUGCCACUCUGAUCAUUAAAGGGCCGACGCAGCCGGUUCUGGAGGGAGACAGGGUCACACUGGAGUGUCUGUUGACAGACUCUGAGUUCAACAUCAGCCAGGUCCGUUUCGAGGUCUUCUCCCAGUACAUGCAGAGCUGGAGACCAGUUUGGCAGCGAUUUUAUUGCUUCCAUUCCAUGCCCAUCGAGCAAACCACAGACAGUCUAACCAUGACUAUCCCCUUUGUACAAAGUUACUAUGAGGGACCCUACCGCUGUGUGUCUGACACCGAAAAUGUGACUGAGCUGGAUCGCUCCUCCCAGCCGCUGUCCUUCAAAGUGCAUUAUUUGAGGGAGCUGUCACUGUCCGUGCAGGGCUACACCAGCUACCUGGGCGUCCCGCAGGAGCUGAGGGUGCGAGUUGGGGACGACGUGGUGGUGACGUGCUCCACCAGCGCAUCAGAGGAGCCAAGCUACCUCUGGAGCAAAGACGGAGACGACUGGAUCCUGCCUUCCUCAACACUGACACUGAGGAAGAUAAGAGCCACGGAUGAAGGACAGUACACGUGCAUAGCCGAGCAUCCCACUGUGGAUUCACUCAGCAAGAAACGCACCAUCAGCAUCAUUGUGCUGCCCGAGGAUGCCCCCUGGUAUGAGUCUAGUAAUGGCCGUCUCAUGUUGAUGACCUCUGCGGCGGCUGUCUCUCUCUUGGUGUUCAUCCUCUCCAUGAGUGUAUUCCUGUGCCGCAGGGCCAAGCAGGCCAAGACCAGCAAGGGACCCAUUGAUGACCGGUCUCAGAAAAAGCCCAUCUACAAAGCCAGUGUGGAGUCCCUGCCCUCCACCUGCGCAGACAAACAACCUCUGGUUUGACUGCACAGGCAAGUGGAAGGAUGAGGGGCAGUGUCGAUGAUGGAGCGAGAGGCGAGCGAGAUGGAGUGGGUGGCCAGAAAAUGAGCGAUGGCAUAGAGGGGAUACUUAAAGAGGGAGGAGGUGGUGUAGGGUUAUGGAUGGUUACAUUGGGGGAGGAGAGAGGGAGGAAAGGAGGAAAGCAAUGAGGGAUACUUGGAGACAGCAGGGAAGGAGAGCAAAAUCAAAAUCAGUAACAAGUUGGUUGUGAAAAAAAAACUGAAGGGCAAAUGAUUGCUUUAGAAACAUAGAAGCAGCUUUGCUUGUGGGCGUCGGCUUCAGUUAUGCAUCUUGAACAGAAAGCUUGGCAAUUUUCUCUUCAUAAAUUCUGCAGCGUGGAGAAUAGUGAGCUACAUUCUUAGCAAAACGAUGGGAGAUUAAGAGCCGCAAAGACUCCACGAAAUACUCUCUUUUCUGUUACAAACAUAAUUACUCAGCUGUGUACUAUGAAUGAACUAUUUGGGUGAUAGGACAAGGUUUUAUUUUGUUGAUUUGUUUCCCUUUCAACCUCUCUUCCCCAAAACCAAAACCAGCUCAAAGAGUCUGAGAAGGUUAUUAUAAUCUCUUUACUGUGACAGCUCUCAAGCACAUUGCACUCAACUAUUUAAUUCACUGUACUUUGGAUUUCUUUGAUAUUAAAUGGCUUUCAGAAAAUA